UUGGCUUAGCAAACCAAGAGCUACUCUAUAAAUACAGGCACUGAUCUUUGAGUCUCCCUCACACUACCACUCUUGUUUUUUCCUUUCUCUUCCUUGCACUAGUUCCUGUAAACCAUGGCAGACUCCUAUAUGUGUUGUCUGUGUGCUGAUGCACUGCGGGACCCCAUCACCAUUCCUUGUGGAGAUACAUUUUGCCUGGAAUGUAUCAAGAUCUACUGGGACCAGUUGGACCACCUGGGCGUCUAUAAUUGCCCAGAAUGUCGGGCAACCUUCACUCCUCGUCCUGUCCUGCGCCGCAACGUGCCCAGUGUUGGUUCUCGUGAACGUCACUCACCCUUAACAGCAUUAACACCCAUUCCAGACCUCAAGAGGGACUCAUUGUGUGAUUUCUGCACUGGCCGAAGGAACCGGGCAGUCAAGUCAUGCCUGGUGUGUCUGGCGUACUACUGUGAGACACACGUCAAGCCUCACUAUGAGUCAGCCACGUUCAAGCGGCACAAGCUGGUAGAUGAGAUGGGGCACCUGGAUCGUAAGAUCUGCCCACAGCAUGAGAAGAGCCUGGAGCUGUUCUGCAAAUCGGAUCAGAUGUGUAUUUGCGUUCUCUGUACAGUGAGGGAGCACCGUGGACACAACACGGUUAGUGCCGAGGACGAGCGUGCCGACAAGCAAAAAGUGCUGGUGGUGACCCAGGCCGAAGUCCAGCGUGUUAUCCAGGAGCGUAUGAAGGAACUACAGGACCUCAGACACAAUGUGGAUGUUCUCAAGGGUAAUGCUCACCGUGCCCAAGCGGCCAGUGAUAAGAUCUUCAAUGAGAUGUUGCAAUCUGUGGAGCGCUGGCAUGCUGAGAUUUGCCAGCUCAUUCAGGCAAACCUGCAGGCUGCCAUGGCACAGGCUGAUAGCUAUGUGGAGCGGCUGGAGCAGGAGAUCAUGGAGCUACAGCGGCGAGACACAGAGUUACGGCAUAUACUUGACACUGAGGACAACAUAUAUUUUCUACAGAAUUUUCCGUUGCUGUGCGUUGCCCCAGAGCCAUUGGUGCCCAAAGUCCUGAUCAACCAAGAGUUCUCCUUUAAUGAGGUUACCAAAACGGUGACUGACAUGAAGGAACACCUGGAUGACAUCUGCAAAAAAGAGCUGGACAACUUGUCCAAAAAAGUGACUGACAUCCCGGUCUAUGUGUUAAUCCCCAGGACUGGUGGUCGGUUUAAAGGUAAGAUGACUCCAAUGUCCAUUUUUUUGAUAGCAUUCUCUUUAGAAGUCUUACAAAUAGGAUACUACCAAGAUAUCUUUCAUGGUAAGAAUUCCUUUAAUUGGUAACUUUUAAUAAAUAUUUUAGAUAGUGUUUCCGCCACACCAACAAAAGCUGAUCUUCAGGAGCCCAAAACUCGAGCGGACUUCCUCAGAUAUACAGUGAGACUUACCUUUGACCCCAAUACGGCCUAUAAAGAGUUGGCCCUGUCCGAUGGGAACCGCAGGGUCGUUCGGAAACGCAUGGUCCAGUUUUACCCAGAGCAUCCAGACCGCUUUGAUGGCUUUUGCCAGGUCUUGUGCGCUGAGCCUUUGAGUGGCUUACGUCAUUACUGGGAGGUGGAGUGGAGCGGCGAGUUCUCUGUUGGCGUCACCUACAAAAGCAUCAGCCGCAAAGGCAAGAACUCGCACAGCCUCCUCGGCUAUAACGACCGAUCCUGGAGCCUACUGUGCUCCAACUCCGGAUACUCGGCCUGGCACAACAAGACGGAUAAAGAUGUUCCGAGCAUGCUCAGGGCCUCACGGAUCGGCGUGUAUCUCAAUUACGCUGGUAAUUCGGUGUCCUUCUACGCUGUCUCAGAAAACAUGGAGCUCAUCUACAGGUUCCAGGCCAAGUUCUCCGAGCCGCUAUAUGCUGGGUUUGGAGUCGGAGCCUCUGUAACGCUGUGCUCACCAGAGAAGAUCACACAGCUGUACUCCUGAGGAUAAGAGCAAGCUGAAACAUGACUUGUCCUGCUUUCAACAGAGGCCAAGGACAAGGACAAGUUAAUGUUCUUUGAAUAUUUCGGAGUUCUUAGCUGCCCAGUAGGCUUCUACUUGGAACCUUCUCAUAAAAGACCACCCUGUUACAGGGUCCUCCAUACCAGAAAAACUUAACAAGUCAUUUCUUUCUAUACUUACCUAUACAUAUUAGCAUGCUAAUGAACUAGCAUGCUUACUAGCCAGCCGACUAACAUAAUGGCAUCAUGUCAUGUAUAAGCAGGGGUGGAAGAAGUACUGAGAAAUUGUACUUUAGUGGAUGUAUAGAUAAUGUGUCAAAAUCUUACUUUUAAAUGUAUUCAAGUAUUAAAACAUAAAAGAGGAAACCAUCAUUCAGUCACUGUACAUUUGCUGCUCAUAUGCUUGACUGAUGCUACGUAGUUUGCUAAUCAAUGAAUCUGAAGUAAAAUAUCUUGUAAAUAUCUAACAUCUACCAUUAGCUAGAAUUUGACUUGCUGCCUAGCCAGGUACUGCAAUUGAUGCUAGUCAAGUCAAUAACCUGGCGUUAGCAAAGACAGCAAGUUAAAUAUAGGCAGUUAACAUUAGCAAAUUAGCAAAGCAUACCUUUUUAAAAUUACCUGAACUUCAUGUCUUCGAGGGAGGUAAAGGAGACGCCUCAUUUUAUACGCGUCUUUGUUUACUCCAGCAGAUUGAAAUGUUUUACUGAGGUAGGUCCAGGGGCGCUCAUCCUCAAAUUCAACACUGCAGUCCAGUGGAGCGAACAUAUUCAGACACACGGAUAGCUAUCAAGCUAACUACACUGUAGCAGGAGAAGGUCACAGCAGAUGAUGAUAAUACAAUAAUGCUCAAGUGAAGUAUAAAUACAACAAAAUAAUACUUAAGUAUAGUUAAAGUACAAUUACUCAAGUAGUUUCCACCCUGUUUAUAAAUGGAGUAAUGUAGUUAUUAAUAUAUUUAACAUGUUCUUUUGUAGCUUUUUGAUAUUUUGAAUAAAUACAUACAAUCUGUAACAAUUAAAUAAUAUAUCCAAACAACAUAGUCUAUCUUUCAAAUGACAAAGCACUCACCAUAUUACAAAGCACUUGUGUCCUAAUAUUAUGUCCUAAUUUUAUAUAUCAAAUAAAUAUUUCCUGGAUCCUUUGUUCAGCCUAAGUUGGUAAUAGCAGGAAUGUAAAGCAUGCUAAUUAACGUCAACUCAUUAACUCGCUGUCAAAUCACUGAAUUGGCAAUAUAGCCGACUCGCAAUCAGAUGCCCAGCGGGGUUUUAAUCCCAGUACAGGAAAGCCUGAUGUUGAUUUAUUAUCCAGUUCAGACAGCCAUAAAUGCAGCACACAAAGCAAGUUAACAUGUAAAAGUGACAUGAUAACGAGAGAGAGAGAGAGGGAGAGAGAGAGAGACAAUGAGAUGAACUCCAUUUUUUUUUGUCUUUUUAUUUUCCAUUUAAAGCAUUAAACAUUAUAAUCUUCAACCAUCACCCGGUUCAAUAUGUGAGGGGGAAAAAAUUAACAAAUAUAACAAUAAAAAUCAGAAAUAGAAGAUCAUAGGGCUGAGUUUUUUACAGAAUCGUACAGAUGCUUUUUAUAUUCCAAUAAUCACUGAAUCAUCUUUUUAUCCCACAGAACGUAGUCUUCGUAGCCGACUGCCUACGUAGUCCGAAACUCACGACUAGUUUGUGUUGUUUAUUCCCGUUUAUCGUAUCGGUACAUGUCAACUUACAGGUUCCUGUCUGCUUUCAUACGUACAUUUCAUCCUUCAUUCCAUUCAUCACCUUACUCAUGUCACUUAUUUUUGAUCAUUUCUGCAGAUCUCAGAGCAGCCAUGUUGUAAUGCGACCCAGUAUCUAAUUAUCUCAGAUCUCAAACAACGAAAAUUACGGAUUUUUUUUUUUUUU